AUGGGAGCAACAGAAUCAAAACCUCAACAAGAACCCGUCAUUAUAUACAAUCCCAAUGUACCUUUGCAGUUUACACCAAACCUAAUUAAUUCUAUGGAAAAAAAGGCAGAACAAUUACCAGCGAGGGUAGAAAGUCGUCAAAUGGAAGAUAUAAUCAAUAAACGUGUAAAGGAAGAAUUGGAAAAGAUAAAGAAAGCAGAGCAUAGUCUUCAGCAAAAGUUCUAUCUUGAGUUAAGCGAAAAAAAUCAGUCUAACGAAGCAGGCAGUAAAGAAACACUUGAUGAUGUGGAAACUAUGAUUCAAAGGAUUAUGAGAUCUGGAACCAAGGAAUUGCCGCCAAAAGUUAAAGAAUGUCAGGAACAAGUGAUACAAUGCUACAGGUAUAGUUUUUUUCCAAAAGGACAUGUAUUACUUCGAAGAUACCUGACUGUUACUGUAUAA